CACCCGCUCACUGUGUUUUCAAAGACUUACUGCCCAUAUUCUCGGAAAGCAAAAGCAAUCUUGAAUGAAUAUCCUUUAAAAGUACCAUACUACGUGGUCGAAGUGGAUCUUAGAGCGGAUGCUGUGGAAGUUAAACGGGUGCUCGGUGAAAACACAGGACGUGACACAUUCCCCAAUGUGUUUGUCAACGGUCAAAGCAUUGGUGGGGCUACUGAACUUGGACGGUUUGAUCGGAGCGGGCGGCUUAAAGAGAUAUUGGAA